AGUACUACAAUAUUCUAUAAAUUAAUUUUAAGACUAUUUCAUUAAAAUUUAUCUGAAAUCUGAAAAAUAUCUUACUAUGUUAAAUUUUAUGAAAUGAUAAUUUUUUAUCCUUGAAAAAUAAUCAAUUCAUCAACAUCUUUUUGUCAUCGUUAAAAUGUUUUUUUUAUUAUUUAAAAGCUUUAAUCUAAAUGUGUCAAGAACAACAGUAUUUUUAGGAGAAAAACACUUUUGUCUUUGUCCAAAACAGUUUGAUGUAAUUGUUGUAGGUGGUGGUCAUGCUGGAGUAGAAGCUUGUUCAGCUGCAGCCAGAAUGGGUGCAAAUACAUUACUAGUUACUCACGCAAAAUCAUCAGUUGGUGAAAUGUCUUGUAAUCCAUCAUUUGGAGGUAUUGGUAAAGGACAUUUGAUGAGAGAAAUAGAUGCUCUUGAUGGAUUGUGUGCUAAAAUUUGUGAUUUAUCAGGCAUACAUUAUAAAGUUCUCAAUCGAAGAAAAGGGCCAGCUGUAUGGGGCUUAAGAGCUCAAAUUGACAGAGAGCUCUAUAAAAAAUAUAUGCAAGCGGAACUAUUUUAUAAUACCCCAAAUCUCACUGUAAUUGAAAGUUCUGUGGAGAAUAUCGAACUUGAUGGAAAUAAUAAUUGUAGUGGUGUAAUUUUAGAAAAUGAAAUGCAAUUGAAAACUAAAUGUGUUGUUUUAACAACUGGAACAUUUUUAAAUGGAGAAAUGUAUAGUGGUAUUGUUGUGAAACCAGGUGGUAGAAUUAAUUCAAAACCUUCAAUAAAACUUGCUAAUACAUUGAAAAAAUUUAAAUUCAAAACUGGUAGAAUGAAAACAGGCACUCCUCCUCGUAUUGAAAGAGAAUCUAUAAAUUUCUCUAAUUUAUCCUUUCAAGCAGGUGAUAAUGUUCCUACACCAUUUUCAUUUUUAAAUGAUUCAGUUUGGAUUGAUCCUCAAAAACAAAUUAAAACAUAUAUAACUUAUACCAAUAGUAAAGUUCAUCAAAUUGUGUUAGAUAAUCUAAGUGUAAAUAGACAUAUAAAAGAAGAAGUUAAAGGUCCUCGAUAUUGUCCAUCACUCGAAUCCAAAUCACUGAAAUAUUAUGAUAGAAAUCACCAAAUCUGGCUUGAAAUAGAAGGUUUUAAUAGUAAUGUUGUUUAUCCAAAUGGAUUAUCAUGUACUUUACCAGAAGAACUUCAAAUAAAAAUUAUAAGAAGUAUAGAUGGAUUAGAAAAUGCUAAUAUUAUUCAAUUUGGCUAUGGAGUAGAAUAUGAUUAUGUUGAUCCUAGAGAAUUAUAUCCUACAUUGGAAACAAAAAGAAUUCCUGGUUUAUUCUUUGCUGGGCAAAUAAAUGGUACAACUGGAUAUGAAGAGGCAGCUGCACAAGGUGUUUUAGCAGGAAUUAAUGCGGCUUGUAAGGCAAUGAACAAAAAACCUUUAACCUUGAGUAGGACAGAAGCUUACAUUGGGGUUCUUGUAGAUGAUUUAACAACAAGAGGAACAGAUGAACCAUACCGUAUGUUUACAGGUCGAGCAGAAUUUCGUCUUUUCUUAAGACCGGAUAAUGCAGACAUAAGACUUACUGAAAAGGGGUUUACAGUUGGUUGUGUAAGUCAAGCACGUUUUAAUAAAACUAAAAAAAUAUUUUCAGAAUUGUCUGAUGGUAAAAAUAUUUUAAACUCCAUCUCCAUGACUAUGUAUAAAUGGAAUAAAUUAUUAGGAAGAAAGACUUCUAAAAAUCCUGAAUCUAAAACAGCACUUGAAAUUUUAGGUUUAGCUAAUGAAGGUAUUACAUUAAAUCUGCUUAAACCAAUUCUUCCUGCUCAGUUUAUUAAAAAAAUAAAUGAUGCUAAUUUAGAAACACGUUUAAAAAUUGAAGCAAUGUAUCAUUUGUUAGUAAGUGAACAGCAAGAUGAUAUAGCCCGGAUGGAACUUGAUCAAUCAUUAAUUAUUCCGUCAGAUCUAAAUUUUUCAGAGAAAACAUUGAGUUUGUCAACGGAAGAAAUUGAGAAACUUUCUUACAUUAAACCUCAAUCUUUAGGAGCUGCAAGCCGAAUACCAGGAAUUAAACCAAGUACUAUUUUAAAGUUGUUACAUUACAUUAAAAGUAAUGAAAAAAUACAAUGUAUAAAUGAAUAACGUUUGUCUAAUAUAUUAUCAUAUUUACAUGAUAUCCUAAUUUUUGUUCUUAUGUUGUCAAGUAAAUUUUAUUAGAAAAUUAUAAAAGAUUACUUUUUCUCUUAAUUAUAUCAUUAUAUUUAAGUAUGUUGCAUGAUAUUUAAAAAUAAUACACUUAUGUAUCAUGACUUGAUGUAGUUAUUUUAAUCAUAAAUAUGUAAAAAAAAUAAAAUCACUUUUUUUAAAUAAAGAAUGUUAUACAAAUGAAUUAGAGUUUAACAGCAGUAAUACUAGCCUGACAUUUUGUAUUUGAAAAUAAUUAGUUACUUAGUUUUAAAUAAUGAUUAGAUAUCUGUAUUUAAUAAGUAAGAUAGUAACUAAAAAAUUCAAAUUUGAGUUGUAUGCUAAAAUAUUAUUAGGCUUGUAUUGCUAG